GGAUUCGAUUGAAGUUGUGCGGAGGAGUCAAUUGAAGUCCGUACUCCAUAUGAGCAGGGGAGUUAAUUCUUGAACCCAAAUUAAUUUGUGGAGAGGAUUCAACUCUUGAAGCCCCAAAGUGGUUUGAAUCGAGAAGUCAAUUGAAAUUGUGCCCUUCUUCGAUCCUAUGCAGAGAAGAUUUUAUGCCACUGUUGUGGGGAUCUGGAGAUCCAUUUCCGCAGAAAUAGAUUUAGGGCGGAGAUUCGCCUUUGUUCCAUCGGAAAAAACCGCAGGCAGAGUAAAUUGAAAUUGGACUUGUGCAGCAGAGAAGGCUAGGGGCAUUUUGGACAAAUUGUACACAAAGUCAACUUCCCAUAAAAAUGACCAAAAGUCAAAAUGGGAACUUGAAAUCCGGACGGGGGAGUACAAGAUAGUGAUGAAUAAAAUUACUCUAUCCAUCCCAAAUUAAUCGUUUUAGUUUUAUAUUACGAAAUUUAAGAAAAAUGUUUAAAAAUCUAGCGAGAGAGAUAUAGAGUGGCAGGGCACGUAAUUUAGCAGAGUAGCUGCAAAUCUGCAAUGGCGAUCCGUAAGAAACGAUCCGCCUCUCUGGUAUUAACCGUUCCAUUGCUUCUCUUCUUCCUCGCCGGUGCUUUUGCCAGAGUCCGCAUUAAUGGAGGUUCCGAUUUCAGGUCCGAGGAGAAGGGGGGAUUGCAGAGCUCCAACUACUCAUCAAUGGCGGCAAGGUCGGCGGAGGUUGAAGUGGCGCCGUCGUCGAGGGAACACAUUGAUGAUCCUGAAGCGGUUGCAUCCAUGGUUGCGGAGAGCAUCCGGAAUGGUUCUAUAGAGAGGAGAAAUUUGGGAUACUUCUCGUGCGGGUCUGGGAAUCCGAUAGACGACUGCUGGCGUUGCGACCCGAAUUGGCACAACAACCGCAGGCGUCUAGCAGACUGUGGGAUCGGGUUUGGGAGGAAUGCGAUCGGAGGGCGUGACGGUAAAUUCUACGUCGUCACGGACCCGCGGGACGAUGACCCGGUGAACCCGAAACCGGGCACACUCCGUCAUGCGGUCAUCCAGGACGAACCGCUGUGGAUCAUCUUCAAGAGGGACAUGGUGAUCACUCUGAAGGAGGAGCUGAUCAUGAACAGCUUCAAGACCAUCGACGGACGCGGGACCAACGUGCACAUCGCUUAUGGAGCUUGCAUCACCAUCCAGUUCAUCACCAAUGUGAUCAUCCACGGUUUGCACGUCCAUGACUGCAAGCCCACCGGAAACGCCAUGGUCAGGAGCUCGCCGUCCCAUUUCGGCUGGCGGACAAUGGCCGACGGCGACGGCAUUUCCAUCUUUGGGUCCAGCCAUGUUUGGAUUGAUCACAACUCCCUCUCUAACUGUGCUGAUGGUUUGGUUGAUGCUGUCAUGGGCUCGACUUCCCUUACCAUUUCCAAUAACCAUUUUGCCCACCACAAUGAGGUUAUGUUGUUGGGUCACAGUGACUCUUACAUAAGAGACAAGCAAAUGCAAGUGACAAUUGCAUAUAACCACUUUGGAGAGGGUCUCAUUCAGAGGAUGCCUAGGUGUAGGCAUGGGUACUUCCAUGUGGUGAACAAUGACUACACUCACUGGGAAAUGUAUGCCAUCGGUGGAAGCGCCGACCCAACCAUCAACAGUCAAGGCAACCGCUACCUUGCCCCGGCCAAUCCUUUCGCGAAAGAGGUGACAAAGAGGGUAGAGGCAUCAUCAGAGAGUGCUUGGGAGGGUUGGAAUUGGAGAUCAGAGGGGGACUUGAUGCUGAACGGGGCCUAUUUCGUUCGGUCUGGAGCGGGCGCGUCAGCCAGCUACGCAAGAGCUUCGAGCCUAGGUGCCAAGUCAUCUUCUAUGGUCGGCGUUAUCACCGCCUCCGCCGGUCCUCUUGCUUGCCGCCGCGGACGCACAUGCUAGCUAGCACAACAACUCGACUGCCUCAUCAUCAACUUCACCACCACCAACAACAAUAACCACACCAAAGUCAAAGAAGUGUACAAUUUUAGCACAAAAAGAUAAUUCAUUCUGGGGGGGGGGGGUCUCAAGAUGGAGUAUGUAUGUGCAAUAAUAUGCAAUUUGUUUGCACAUGCAUACCGGCCUUAUAUUUAUUAUAUAUGUAUAAAUAUUUAAUUUUCACCCAGUUUUUUUCUAAAGUGUAUGUAUUUGUCCGAUGAACAUAUAUCAAAUGAAUUAAUCAAUCAUAAUGUAGCUAGCAUCCACUAGUGCUUUGGUCUUUCACCAAGUGUACGUGUGUAUGUGAAUCUCAAAACCAUCAUUCUUGGGGAUACAUAUUAAAGAAGCAUUCUUCUC